AUGGUAAAUGCGAACGAGUGGCUAAAUAAAAAAAUUCCAACGAAUGAAAGGGGACGAGCAAAAACUCUUUACAUCUACAGCAAAUGUCAAUGCAAGUUUGACCGAACGUCACAAUACAGUCAGCCUGCAACAACUUCCCCUCCUUCAUUUGGCCCUUCAUUUGGACCUUUUGGGUCGGCUCCGUUUAAUCCAUUUGCAUUCGUUCAGUCCUCAUCUCAAAAUGGACCUUUUGGGACGGCACAGUUUAAUCCAUUUGCACACAAUCAGUCUUCAUACAAUCAGUCUGCACCAAGGCCUCAAGUCGGAACUUUUGGGGCACCUUCCGUAGCGAAACCGUAUAAUCAAUAUGGAUACAAUAAUUAUAAUAAUUGUCAACACUGCAAUAAUAAGGAUCAGAAUAAUUGUUACCCCGUUCCAGAUUAUUGUUUUUGUAAUGUUAUUCUGGAAGGAGAGCUAGAUCUUAAUGACUUUGUUAAUUUGAAAAUACUAUAUAUUGAAGGUAUUGAGCAAAACAAUCAACAACAAAAGUUAACAAAGCUAAAGGUGGAUAAAUGUAUUCAGUUAACUGACAUUACGAUUUAUAAUACAACUCUUGGCUUUAUAAGUUUAGGUAGUAAACCAAACUUGCAACACACUAAUUUCGCUGGUAAUAAGCAACUUAGUUUUUGUGAUAGUGUAUUAAACAAUCAAGGUGAUAGAGUAUUGAACAAUCGAGGCAUAUUGAACAAUCGAGGCGAGAAUGCAUUAAACAAUCGAGGCGAUAAUGCAUUAAACAAUCAAGUAGAAGUAUUAAAAAAACAAGUAGCAAGAUUAACCAGUUUGAUCCAAUCUACUAAAGCUACUAAUCUUAAUAAUUUAAAAUCGGAACUUAAGAAAAUAGAAGAAGAAAACUUUGAAUCCCAGUUAAAGAUUAUUAAAAGUCGUUUGGAUGAAGAUCAUCAGUUUUGGUUGGAAAGUUUAGUAGAAGCACAUCAGGAAGUUUUGAAGAUUAACAACGCUUUUGCUCGUAAACAAUUAGAACAAUGUAAAAAAAAAUUAGCUGAUGUACUAACUGAAGAAGAAAUUCAAGAAAUUUUGGGCAAAAAAGUAGAAAUUAAUGAGUUGGAAACUCAAAUAAAGAAAGAAAACGUAGUUGAAUCAAAGAAAGAAAACGUAGUUGAAUCAAAGAAAGAAAAUGUAGCUGAAUCAAAGAAAGAAAACGUAGCUGAAUCAAAGAAAGAAAACGUAGUUGAAUCAAAGAAAGAAAACGUAGUUGAAUCAAAGAAAGAAAACGUAGUUGAUUAA